AUGCAGGGGCUACCGUGCUGGGGGAGACGCCCCCUUCUCCGCAAGGCCGGCCUGGGGGGCCUCCUCGCAGCCACCGUCUUUCUCCUGGGCUGCCGCGGAAUCUCCGCUUUGCAGCAGAGGUUUCUUCAGGCUUUGGAGCCAGCGGAGGCGGCUUCGUACUUUGGCCCGGGUUCUGCCGUAAAAGCGUCCCGGUUUGCCGUGGCCCUGCUCACCUGUGUCUGCGAGGACGGGCUCGGGGGGCCGCCCUGCCAAGCCCCACGCUGCUGCCUGCGCGCCUGGGGCCAGCGCUUCGCCUUCUCCUUCGGGCCUGAGCCGGGCCUCCUCACGCCCGCCUCCACCAGUGAGCGGGUGGUGAACGCCUCACUCCAGUGGCUGCAGCGGCCUUCUGCCUACUGUCUCACAGGGGGCUGGGCCCUGCUGCCCCCGGGUGCCGUCGCCAGGGUCACCUAUUGCUCAGGCCGCGUGGAGGGUGACAUCCUGCUGGGCGGGGAGCGGCUCUAUGUCCAGCCCGUGAGGAGGGAGCACAGCACGCUGGCCCUGCCCUGGAGUCGUGCCUGGCCCCACCUGGUCCACAGCCUCGCCCCCAGUGCCCCGGGGCGGGUCCGAGGUACAUAUCCUGGGAGGGAGGAUACCCUGGGUGGACCCCUCCCUCCUUCCCCGACAGGCCGUCCUCCCUCCCCUCGUCUCCGGAGACAGACACGGGCUGCAGGGAGUGUCCUGCACCUGGAGCUGCUGGUGGCCGUGGGCCCCGAUGUCUACCAGGCCCACCAGGAGGACACAGAGCGCUACAUGCUCACCAACCUCAACAUCGGGUCAGAACUGCUGAGGGACCCGUCCUUGGGGGCUCAGUUCCGAGUGCACCUGGUGAAGAUGAUCGUCCUGACAGAGCCCGAGGAUGCUCCAAACAUCACAGCCAACAUCACCUCGUCACUACUGAGCGUCUGUGACUGGAGCAGGGCCGUCAACCCUGUGGAUGACACGGACCCUGAGCACGCUGACCUGGUCCUCUACAUCACCAGGUUCGACCUCGAGUUGCCAAAUGGUGACCAGCAGGUUCGGGGAGUCACCCAACUUGGGGGGAUCUGUUCCUCCUCCUGGAGCUGCCUCAUCACCGAGGACACUGGCUUCGACCUGGGGGUCACCAUCGCCCAUGAGAUUGGGCACAGUCUCGGCCUGGAGCACGACGGCGCGCCCGGCAGCGGCUGCGAGUCCAGCGGCCACGUGAUGGCGGCCGAUGGCGCCGCGCCCGCCCGUGGGGUUCUCGCCUGGUCCGCCUGUAGUCGCCGACAGCUGCAGCACUUGCUCAGCGCAGGACGGGCGCGCUGCGUGUGGGACCCGCCGCGGCCGCAACCCGAGCCUGCCGGGCGCAUGCCAGACGCGCAGCCCGGCCUUUACUAUGGCGUUGACGAGCAGUGCCGCGUGGCCUUCGGUCGCACCGCCGUCGCCUGCACCUUCGCCAGGGAGCGUCUGGACAUGUGCCAGGCUCUCUCCUGCCACACAGACCCCCUGGACCUCAGCAGCUGUAGCCGCCUUCUCAUCCCCCUCCUGGACGGGACGGAAUGUGGUGUGGACAAGUGGUGCUCCAGGGGGCGCUGUCACUCACUGGCGGAGCUGCCCCCCUUGCCUGCAGUGCACGGGCACUGGUCCAGCUGGGGGCCCCCCAGUCCUUGCUCCCGCUCCUGCGGAGGCGGCGUGGUCACCAGGAGACGGCAGUGUAACAACCCCAGACCUGCCUUUGGGGGGCAUGCAUGCGCAGGCGCUGACCUCCAGGCUGAGCUGUGCAACACCCAGGCCUGUGGGACCAGCCAGCUGGAGUUCAUGUCAGAGCAGUGCGCUCAGACCGAAGGGCAGCAGCUGCUCCUCCCCGAGGGCGGCACCACCUUCUACCGCUGGAGCUCGGCCGCGCAGUACAGCCAAGGGGAUGCUCUGUGCAGGCACAUGUGCCGGGCUGUGGGCGAGAGCUUCAUCAUGAGGCGUGGGGACAGCUUCGUGGAUGGGACCCGCUGUGUGCCGAGUGGCCCGAGGGAGGACGGGACCCUCAGCCUGUGCCUGUCGGGCAGCUGCAGGAUCCUGGGCUGCGAUGGCAGGAUGGACUCCGGGCAGGUACGUGACGUGUGCCAGGUGUGCAGAGGAGACAACAGCACCUGCAGCCCACAGAAUGGCUCUUUCUCGGCCGGAAGAGCCAGAGAGUAUGUGACAUUCCUCACGGUCACCCCCAACCUGACCAGUGUCUACGUUGUCAACCACAGGCCUCUCUUCACACACUUGGCGGUGAGGAUCCGAGGACGGUACGUUGUGGCUGGGAACGCAAGCAUCUCCCCCAGCACUACCUACCCCUCGCUGCUGGAGGACAGCCGCCUGGAGUACAGGGUGGCCCUCACUGAGGACCAGCUGCCCCACCGGGAGGAGCUACGCAUCCAGGGACCUGUUCAGGAAGACAUUGAGAUACAGGUUUACAGGCGCUACGGUGAGGAGUACGGCAGCCUCGCCCGCCCAGACAUCACCUUCAGCUAUUUCCAGCCGAAGCAGCCGCAUGCGGGGACGUGGGCCGCCGUGGCGGGGUCCUGUUCGGUGAGCUGUGGGGCAGGGCAGCGCUGGGUGACCUACAGCUGUCUGGACAAGGCCCAGAACAAGUGGGUGGAGCCUGCCCAGUGCAGUGGGAGUCUGAAGCCGCCAGCACGGCUGGAGCCUUGCACCCUUGUGCCCUGCCCCAUGCGGUGGGCCAUGGGGGACUUGGGCCCGUGCAGUGCCUCCUGGGGGAGUGGCCUGUGGGAGUGAGUGGUGCCCUGUGUGGAGGCCCGGGGUGGUUUCCCAAGGAUGAUGCCCACUGCCCAGUGCAGAGCAGUGGCCCAGCCGCCAGCUGGGGCAGAAACCUGCAAGUCCCAGCCCUGCCCCACGGGCUGGGAGGUGUUGGCCCCCGGCCCAGCCACACAGAACAGGACAUGUGUGCCAGAGGCAGAAGGCCAGGAGGCUCUGGCGGCUGCUGGGCCAUGCUCCACAGAGGAGAAGCUGCCUGAACUCACACCCUGCAUCGGGAUGGCAUGCCACCAGGGCUGGGGUCAUCUGGAUGCGACGUCUCCAGGGGAGGAAGCUCCGCCCCCACUGGGCAGUGCCAGGCCAGGGGUUCUCAGUGCACACCCAUGGAUUCCUCUGAGCGGGCCCUGCUCCGUCUCCUGUGGCCGAGGCCUGAGGGAGGUGCGCUUCGUGUGCGUGGACCCUACCCGUGGCACAGCAGUCCCGGAAGAGCUGUGUGACCUAGCGAGCAGGCCCAGGAGCCGGCAGGAGGCCUGCCAAGCUGCUCUGUGUCCCGGACGGUGGGAGACUCGAGCCUUGGCACCAUGCCCAGUGACCUGCGGAGGUGGCCAGGUGCCACUGGCUAUGCGCUGUGUGAGGCUGGACCACGGUCGCACCAUCCCCCUGCCCCAUGCCAAGUGCGGGCGGCUGCCCCGGCCCGAUCCCCUUGAGGACUGCAGCCCGGAGCCCUGCCCCGCCAGGUGGAGGGUCCUGCCAGCGGGCCCCUGCUCAGCCAGCUGCGGCCUUGGUACCGCCCGGCGCUUGGUGGCUUGCGUGCGGCUGGACCAAGGCCAAGAGAUUGAGCUGGACGAGGUGGCCUGUGUGGGCCUGGAACGGCCGCAGGCCACCAUCCCCUGCCUGCUUGCCCGCUGUGCCUACCGGUGGCAUGUCAGCACGUGGAUGGAGUGCUCCGUCUCCUGCGGGAACGGCAUCCAGCGCCGGCAGGACUCCUGCCUCGGACCAAAGGCCCGGGCGCCCGUGCCAGCUGACUUCUGCCAGCAUUUGCCCAAGCCAGUGACGGUGCGGGGUUGCUGGGCGGGUCCCUGUGGAGAGCAGGGGACGCCCAGCCCGGUGCCCCCCAAGGAAGUUACUGCUGCAGGCCAGACCACAGAGCAGCCGAGGGCCCCUGCUCGCCUCCCCUCUCCCGCUCCCUGGACUCAGGGGCUCCUGGCCAGCCCCCGAGAAAGCCCUGUGGAGUCCAGUGUCUGUGGACGGCAGCUCCUCAAGCCAGCAGGAACCAUUGACCUUCGAGGCCCAGGGCAGGCGGACUGCGUGGUAGCCAUCGGGCGGCCACUGGGGGAGGUGGUCACCCUCCACGUCCUUGAGAGUUCCCUCGACUGCAGUGCUGGGGAGAUGCUGCUGCUGUGGAGUAGGCUCACGUGGGGGAAGAUGUGCAGGAAGCUGGCUGGCACCAUCUUCAGCUCCCAGAGCAACACCCUGACCGUGAGGCAGCGCCGGGUGCGGCCAGGCGGUGGCGUGGUGCUGCGGUACAGGGGCCAGCCUGCCCCGCACCCGUCCCACCGAGAAUGUGACAUGCAGCUCUUUGGACCCUGGGGUGAAAUUGUGAGCCCCUCGCUGAGUCCAGACGGGAGGAGCGCGGGGGGCUGCCGGGUCUUCAUCAGUGUGGCUCCUCGGGCCCGGAUGGCCGUCCACGCCCUGGUCACCGACGUGGGCAUAAGGACUGAGCGGACAGACACUGGCUACAUCUCGAUCCGGGACAUCCACAGCCUGAGGACCUCGACGUUCCGCGGGCAGCAGUCGUUCUACUGGGAGUCAGAGGGCAGCCAGGCCGAGGUGGAGUUCAGCGAGGGCUUCCUGGAGGCGCGCGCCAGCCUGCGGGGCCAGUACUGGACCCUCCAUAGAGCGCAGGAAGAGGGGGGCCCGGCCCAGCCCUAG